AUGCCGCCGCCCGGGCCGUGCGUCGCCGAUGCCCCGGACGUGCUGCUCGAGGAAAUCUUCCUCCUCCUCCCGGCCGCCGCCGACCUCGCGCGCGCCUCCGCGGCCUGCCCCUCCUUCCGCCGCGUCAUCGCCGGGCACGCCUUCAUGCGCCGCUACCGCGCCCUCCACCGGCCGCCUCUCAUCGGCAUUCUCCACAACCGCAUACCCUUCGUCCCGGCACAGCCGCCGCACCCCUCCGCCGUCGCUGCCCGCGCCUUCGUCAGCUUCGACUUCUCCUGCUCAUCCUUCAUCCCCUCCACCCCGGAACAUACCUGGAGUCCAAUUGACUUCUUUGACGGACGCGUGCUCCUCGACGGCGCCCAUGCCAAAGAAAGAAUCAGAGGCAUCGCCGUCUCCCCUCACCGUCAAUCCUGUGACAGGGACCUCGCUGUGUGCGACCCCGUGCACCGCCGUUGCAUCGUGCUGCCCGCCGUCCCCGGCGACCUAAAAGCGCUGGUCGCUCAACUGGACUUCCUCAGUCUGCAAACUUUCCUUGCUCCCGGCGAGGAUGAGGAGGACCCUCUAUCAUUCAGGGUCAUGUGAUUGGUGGAAUGCACAACCAAACUGUUGCUUCUCGUCUUCUCCAAAUCAUUGGAUGGACAAGGACAGUGGCGUGCUCUUACAUUCGAUCAAUGGAGUGGUGAGGCUACAUUAGUUUCUGUUGGCUCAUAUAAUGUCAUAUCUGAUACUGGGUUGUCCAAUCGUCAAUUUGUCCAUGGAUGCUUCUAUUGGCAUUUGCGUUUUCGGAGAGAGUUGCUUGUGCUGGACGUGCGCGCAUUGGAGUUCUCUGCCGUCGGCCUCCCGACUGAAAAAGGGUUUGAUUGUUUUGCCCUUUCUGAGGCAGCAGAAGGAAUGCUGGGGAUGCUAACUAAAGGCUAUGAUCACUACAAAGAUGGCCAAUGUUGGCUCUCGUAUUCCAUUCCGAGGAAUAACCAAUGGCAGUUGGAGAAGGUUAUUCAAUGGCCAGUAAAGCGUGUCAACCUAGUUGAUGUAGCUGGCGGAUGCCUGCUCAUUGAAGCGUGGUACACCACAUCUUCACAAGAGAAGCAGUUUGGAUACUUUUCGGUAGGCCUGAAGACUUUCCAGGUCGAGUUGUUUGCCGAGCAUAGCAAUUCCAUCUUUCUUGCUCGACCAUAUGCUAGUUUCCCACCAUCAUUGUGUGCACCAACUAUAUGAAGCGGUGACGGUGAGCGUGUUAUCUACUCUUUGCUUGCUUUUUAUUGAACUUGGUCUCAUUGUUAUACAGCAACUCAAAGUAAUAUAAUCGAGUUGUUCACAUCAUUUCCAACUGAUUGUUGUCGUAUGCAAUAUAUAUUUCUGAUUUCUUUAUUUUUGUAUAUAACCUGUGUAUGAGUAGAAAUCAUGAAAUUACAACAGCCCCAUGUUGAUUGCAUCAUUUACUAUA